GGGAGAUUCGCCAUGUCCAAGCUAAUUGACGAAUUGGUGGCCCAUGGCUUUGAAGUUAUUCGUGAUGAUUCUGGACAGGAUCUUGUUAAACUUGUAUUCAUGGAUGAAAAUGACGACGCUACGGGAUGUGCUUUAGUUACACCAGAGGAUGCCAAGAAAAUUUUGUCUGGUCAAGCAACAUUACAAAAUGCUGUAGAUGAAGACGGCAAACAGGUCUUAACUCUUACUCCAAUAGCUGACAGUGACUUAGAAGUGGUUGAACAGGUGAGUUGUUUUCAGAAAAAGGGUGUCUAAGGCCCUCAUUGAUAGUCUAAAGCAGAUCUGCCUAGUGAACACUCAACCUCUGUUCCUGCGGAACUGGAUGAUCCUGAACGUCAUAAAUCGAGCAGCGAGGAAGUCAUCGAUAAAGACAAUAAUGAGGCCACACAGCCAUGCAAAUCAACUGUUUCUGACCUUUGCUGCGAUGUGGGUGACUCCUUAAUCAAUUCAGGAGAGAUUGAUGCGUCUGACGUUAAUUCGUUGGUGGAAAAUGUGGAACAGUAUACUUUAAGCGAACAAACAGCGGUAGUGGAUAACGGCCAAGUUCAAGUUGUCACAAUCGUGGAUUCUCGUGGCCAAGUUUUGGAUCAGAAGCAAGGACAAACUGGAGAACAAGUCAUUUUAGAAAUGCAUGGACAGGCAUUUUCGUACGAAAUUCAGGGUCCCACGUCAACUGGUGAACCUAUAACUUCCACUCUGUUAAUUUCCACAAAUGAUCAAGAUAUCCAAGAUGUUUCAAACACCGCUGAAGGCGUUACACAGCAGAAUAUCAACGGUCAAACCAACUGGUCUGAAGUAAGCCUAUGAAACCUAAUUUACAUUAUCCAGUUUUAUGUCGGUUAAACUAACUCGUGUACGUAUCACAGAAACCAUCCAUUCGUCAUAUUUUAAAAUCUUUGAACGGUUCUUACGGUAUGUAGCUAUUUAAGCUUUAUCUGUUACAUGAGAGCCAUUAACAAGCUGUUCGUACAGACGUUAAAUUGAACAUUCAUUGAAUACCCGACCAUUAUUACACAUUGGAGAGUAUGGACCAACUGUUCUCGACAUUGAUAUACAGUUUUCUGUUCGUUAUUUUGUACUAUAAGGUUAACAUCUGAAAUAACUGUAAUGUCUUCUGGGGAUCUCAUUCCCGUGACCUUUUGAUCUAGUUUCCAUUCUCUUUUAGUACUUACAAUUUACAUUGCCACUAUGUUAGCAGGAUUUGAGGCAUAUUCGAUUCAGGACGCUAGUGCUCACUGAUUGGUCCGUUUUCUAGUCCAUCAGCGCUAGCGGAUAAACAGAUAACAUUUUAAAAUGUGUAAAAUAACAGAUAUAUUAGCAUUUUCGGUAAGACUAGUCUAUGAAUGACCUUUAAGUGAUGCAGAGUGACCUUGAGAAGAUUCAUCUACUUAACAGUCAAAAGAGGAUUGUAAACUAGUAUGAAAAAUUAAAGUUAGGAUUAGGAGCUAAAAAUUACGGUUAGGAAUUACAGCUAGGGUUUUCAUCAUGAACUGACAUCAGCUAUGAUGCCAAAUUGCUAUUUAGCCAUAUGGAUGAAUGAAUUUUGCGCUAAAGUCCGAGAGUUGCUAUUUUCAAUCUGAUUGGUUCUUCCAUAAAUUAUAGUCUCGCUGUCUGUUUCGUUCUCAUACACCAAGAAUUUUUGAGAUAUGAUUACUCCACAACAGCCAUUUUUGUUGUUUGACUUUGGCUCUUUCAAUACAGUCCUCUAUUCGGAUCAGGCUACAACUGAGUUAGAUUAAGAAUUUCGAAAAUUAGCCUUGGUGUCUGAUGCAUCUUAAAGGUCCACAUUUAGUUCACUAAUGAAGAACUGCGAAUAAAUUUUUGGUUUCUUGCUUUAAAUGGAUAGUAUAGUUGUACAUGUCCAUUUUGGUUACGUGUUUAAUUUUUGAUAAGGGUGUUUCUAAUGGCGCUGAUAGAAGCCAUGUUACUUCUGGAUUUGAUGAAAUAACUGAUGCAAAUCCAUCUGGUCAACAAUUCACUCUUACUGAAGCUACUACUUUAGUGGACGGGGAGGCACUUCAAAUUGUUAUACUUUCUGAUGAAAACGGAAAUGUACUUGAUCAGAAGCAAGGUCACACUGGUGAUCAUGUCAUUAUUGAAAUGAACGGCAGCUCUUUAGAGUAUGUAUUUCUUGGACCAACGGAAACUGGUGAUCCGAUUUUGACUACCUUAGUCGUUACAACUGAAACUGAAAUGACAGAAAAUACUCAGCCUAACUUCAGUGUUGCACAGGAAUCACCGGGUGAUACAGAAGCAGGAUCAACUGUAGCUAAAUGGUGUCCACCCGGCCUGCCAUCUGAGUUUUAUGCUAUAUUAAGAAGACAAGCGGAAGUCGUCGUUUCUACGCGUGUUCCACGCUUUUCAGAUAAUCCGUAUCGUCCUGAACCUUACCAUCGGAAGCUUGGUCCGUAUACAGCUUAUGUAGAGAUGCUUGAAAUGGUUAAUACAUACAGGGUUGGUGCUAGUCAGGGUGAAACCCUGGAACUCUAUGAAGCCUUAAGAAAUUAUGCUAAAAUUUAUCGUCCUUCUGGACCACAUUCUCGAGCACUUACAAAGUAUGAGCUAGCCUUAAAUGAAGCUGCUGCUCAGAUUUGCCGAUUUCAACCCGGUUUACUUUUUCAUAAACGAGAUCUGUAUCAUCUUGCUAAGGAAACAGUUGAACGUUCACAGACCCUCUUAAAUACGGAGAGAAGACAACAAAAUCAACAAUUACAACAGCAAGCACAACAAGCACAGCGACAACAAACUCAAGCAAAACAAAAUAUGAAUGCUCAACGUCAAGCAAAUCAAACAAAUAUGUCAAAACCAAAAGUUUCUCUCCCUGCAUCUCAACCUCCACGUACUACACCUCAAACUGUAGCAGUUGGUGGUCGUGUAGCUAGUUCUCAAUUAGCUAUGUUGGAAUCUCGCGGUCUUUCUGGUAUUCAACAGUCAAGUACAGUAGUAUCAACAUCUAGUUCUAUAACUUCUAUUCAUGAGAAUUCUAAUUCAGAUAACUCACUUCUAACUUCGAAUCUUCAAGGCUCAGGAGUAAAUACGCUUCAGUCGAACAAACCACGGGUAAUGACUAAUGAUAGCACUGUUCAAUACUUAUCUAGCCUUCCUAUUGCUAAACGUGAUUCAGCAUAUAAACUUUUGCCUAACGAAGAGGAAGCCAUUCGGAUUGCUGCAGUUGAUGUUUUAUCAGAUAUGCCACAACUCCAAAUCAAACCAAAAGCUGAUUGUACAAAUAUCGAACGUGCUUGCUGGGAUCAAGCUCGACAGUUGUCAGCACAAAAUUUGGGACUCACAGAUUAUCACUCUGGUAAUUCAUCAGUUGAACAUAUUAAUCAAAUUCAAUCCCUUGUGUCCAAUGAACUCCGGUUGGAUAGCGUUCGUGAAGCAGCUGCAUUGUAUGGGCGCCUACCUGGAGGCAUCCAACCGCCAAACGUAGCAGGACUACCACGAUCUACACCCGUACCUGUACUAACUCCGUAUGAGGUUGCUUGUAAUGAAGCUGCUUCUUAUUUGGCUUCGGGUUUACCAAGCCUCCUCACUCAUAGACGUGAACUUGCUGAAUUAGCAAAGAAGGUGGUGAGAAAUUCUGGAUGUUUAUUUACACAUACUCCAACAUCAGAUAAAUUACCAAUUGGUGGUGGUGGCUACCGAUUCUAUUGCUCAGAUCAACUUCUUGAACUCGAUCUUUCAGCAGCAGAACAACUUUUAUCCAAUCCUCUUGAUGGUAGUGAUUCUCCAGAUUCUGGUUGUGAUGUAAGCCUCGAAGACAGUGAUACAGAUGCUCUUUCAUCUAAAUGUGAAUCUCUUAUUCUAACUUGUCAAGAGUGCAAUAAUGUUGUAGACGAUAUUACAAUAUUUAUUUCUACUGGAACUGAUUCUCUGAAGAAAGUUAGAAUUCUGAAUUUAAGUGAUUGUGGUUUUACCGGCAUAGUCCCUGCCCAUCUUAACCAAUGUGUUAACCUAGUUGAACUUAAUCUCUCUGGAAAUGCAUUGUAUGCCUUCCCACGAUGUUUGCAUUUACCGAAGUUACGUCGACUAAAUCUAAGUGGAAAUCCUAAUUUACUACGAUCCACGCAACGUGGUGUUCCUGUCGAACCCCCACUUGUUGAACAAUUCCCGAGAUUGGUUACAUUGGACCUGGAUCCUGAACUCGCUCUUCUACUUUCUCCACAAUCACUAGCCUACUUAUGUCCAUAUCUAAAAACAAUUAAUGGUAAAGAUUUUGUUGAUGAACCAACUGAAGAUACUAUUAAUACAGCUCAAACGGCAAAAAAUGAUUUAUCAGCUUUGAUCUAUUCAAAAUGGGAAGAUGAUAUAGCUGGAUUUUACAAAAAAGGCUUACCUAAACGAGAUACAAUAUGUGUUAUUGAAACUCUUGUUUUACAUGCUGUCAAUCGAAGUUUGGAAAUAUCUCAACCAUUUACCCAUUGCAAAAAUAUUUUGGCUCGGAGAAUCGCGGAAGAUUUUCUGGCUCCAAAAAUGUUGGAUGAUGAAUGUGAAGAUGAAACAUUGGAUAAAUUCACACAUACUUAUAUUAGUGAUGAUGAAGGUGCUGCCAGUGACAGUGAAUUAGAUACAGAAGAGGAAGAUGAUUCUUACUGUAAAGAAAAUAAUCAUAUUGAAAAAAAUUCUGAAAAUCAAAUAAAUGAACCUUUAGAAAAGUCACAUUUACAAAUGAACUCCUGUUCAGUUUCCACAGGUACGAUACGUAAAAAACCAAAGAAAGUCAUUUCAACAGAAGCUUUUCAAGCAUCUGUUGCUGAGCGUGAGGCUUUAGCUGCUGCAGCAAACUUAACUUUAUUACCGGAUGAACCUCCUAAUCGACUUAUUAAUGUGGUAGGUCAGGCUUUACGUCAUGGGAAAACAGUUGUGUAUGAAGUAAUGAGAACUGCUGCUAGACAACCUGAUGGCGAAUUAAUACCUGUUGGUGGGUUAGGGACAACUGCUAGUUCUACUAAUUUGACUACUCUUCAAACCAAUUCACAAAUUGAUGGAGCCUUAAAAAAUCAUCAGGAAGAUAUGUAUGAUGAAAGUGAUACAGAGAACACCUCUCUCUCUGAAUCUAUUCAUCCUCAACCUCCAGCACCAUCUGUUCCUACUCCCGUUAAAACUGCUCCUGUUAUAACAAAAUUACCAACUAAACAGCCAACAGGGACUCGAAGACCAGGUUUACUCAGUCGUGUUGCAAACACUAUUUCUGCUGAAAUCAAAGGCAAUCGUGGUUCAGUCACAUCCACAGGCUUACUUGAAAAUUCUACGAGUGAUAUUCCUACAAUAACACAGCGUCGUUUGAAAGCAUCCGAUUUUAUCAUCAAACCGUCUACAAGUUCUUCAGGUACUGCUUACAUAGUUGCAAAUGUAGCUACUCAAGCGAAACCAACCACUCCAAGCUCUGUAACCAAACGUGGUCGUCCUGCAAUUACUCAAAGUUUGGCUAAAAAAGCUGCUGUAGCGGAAUCGGAGGCUAAAGAAACCGAAAAGUUGUUGAAGAGUGUGACUAUCCCACCUCCUCAUGCUCCUCCUCCACCAACAAUGCGUAUGUCAACGCGAGAUUCUAACAGGCAUAAACGAUUUAGUGCAUACGGUGUCAUUGACACUGCAGCAGCUUUGGCUGGUAAGGAAGAAGCUCUACUAGCUGCUGUUUUAGCUCAAGAAGAUGAAGAUAACGAAAGUCCAGAAACUCUUUUGAAAGAUUCGUCGGUCGUUCUCUCUGAACAUGAUACUGCAGCUGCAGAAGCUGUCGCUGCUGUAGCGAAAGAAGAUGAAGUGAUGGAGCAAAAUAAUCAGCUAGAAUCUAAACAGGAUAUAUCUUUGAAUUCGACUGCAGUUGAGCAGACAGCAGAACCUCUCCCCAUUACAAAUGACACUGAAGAGGGUACAAAGAAAAAGCGUAAACGUGUCACUGGACCUCAAACUCCUCGUGUACACACUGAACCAUCGUUGGUUGAUAAUGAGCCUGAAACCCCAACGACUACCCAAACGCUUACUCGUAAACGUGCUGCAAUAUCACCUAAACCUCAAGAACCUAAAAGAAAAUCAACUUCUACUCAUUCUCCACUAUCAGUGUCUGUUAAUCUUACUCCAGUUGUUCUACCACCGGUAACAGAAAGUAAACGAAGUCUCAGUCAACUCGGAGAGAUUGUUGACUAUGAUCCUCUACAUUUUAUUCGGUGUCACGCACGAGACAACGAUCCAUUAGAUUGCGAAACUAAAGUAUGGCGAUGUGCAUUCGAACCAAGUGUUAAUAAUCCAAGCAAUGAAACGUCAACUAUUGUAGCUACAUGCGGUGGAGAAUGUGUCUGCCUUAUUGAUUGUAAAUCAGGACGUGUAAUGAAACGUUUCAAACACUUUGGUGAAGAAUUUUACACAUUAGCAUGGACGACUGUUGAAAUGGCUGCGGGGCACAGAACAAAUCUGUUGGCUGCCGCUGGUAAACUACGUGAAAUUCGAUUAUUACAUCCUGAACAAUUAGUAUGCUAUGCUGAAAUGCGCGGUCACAAAGAUGAUGUUGCUUGUAUGAUAUUUCAUCCUGAAAAGCCUACUAUCUUAUUUUCUGGUGAUUCUAAGUCCUGCAUUUUAGUAUGGGAUAUUGGUAUACCAUCUGCACCGGAAUAUAAAACACGUCAUCAACUACUUAUGCGUUUAGUAUGCCCUAGAGCUAAUUUAAAUCCUGUUUUAAAUCUUGUAUUUUUAAAAAAAUACGAUGCCCUUGUUGCAGGAUGUGAAGAUGGAAUAUUCUCUUGGACAUUGAAAGAUUUUCGUAAAGAAAAAUUAAGUGAUGAAAAAGAAGCUGAAAUUGAAUUGAAAGUUCCUACUCGUCGUGAACCAUGUUUUGAUGGUUUGGCUCAAUUAUCAGAUGAUUUAAUUGUAACAAAAUGUGUUGAGGAAGGUGAAAUUUAUGUUAUUAACUUUGGACAGGUUGUUAAUCGUCGUAGACGUAGUGGUGCAUCUAAUAAAAAAUUAAUCAAUGUUGAAAUUCGUGGUCAAUUACGUUGGCAUACUACAGAAGAAAUUUAUAUUAAUGUUACUGCUAGACCUGGUUUACAUGCUGUAAUAUGUGGAGAUAAUGAAGGUACUAUAUGGUUAUAUGAUCUUCAAAAACAAGUUAUUGAUGAAUCAGAAAAUCGUAAAUUUAAAUCAAAACCUGUAAAGAUUCUUGAAUGGCCUGAAUGUAGUAUUGGUGGAGCAAAAGAUGAAGAUAAUCGAAUUAAAGAAAGUAUUACUUCCGGUUUUAAAAAUCCUGUAGUGAAUACAACUGAUAUUAGUCAUGAUGGACAAUAUUUAGUUGCUGUAACUGAUAAUAAUUUAGUAUGCAUUUGGAAGUUUUCUGGCUAACCAUUAGAAGAAGAAAAUUUUUUAUAUUUCUAUUAUUACUUAUUUAUUCUUCUCCUUCUUUUUUUUUUCUUUCUUCCAAGAAUAACUCAUUGUUCUUAUAUCUAUGUAUGUAUAUUUGUCUCAUAUCCGUUCGAUUAUUUACGCUGUAAUAUUUUCAUAUAUAUACACCUUAAAUUAUGUAUUUUUAUCAUAUUAUAUUACAAUACAUAUUACUAAUCAUGC